AAAUAGAAGAUUCGAUUUUUCCGCAAGACUCUACAAAUACAUUAUCACCACUUUUUUUUCCCAGAAACGGUGUAUCGAUUUUCCCUCCAAAACCCUACACACACUAUUAUUCCUCUCAAUUAUCAUCGAAAACCCUAAUCUGAUCCCUUUUCUCUCGUUGGAUUUCCUUCAUUGAUGAUAAUCUUAGUGAUGAGUUCUUCUGGAGACAACAAUGGAAGCAACCUUUCAGUUUCAGGUCUGAAUUCUGAGGAUCAGUAGCCAUGGCAAGCAGCUAAUUAAUUACCCAUCAACUUUUUGGACCGUCUUCCUUUCCCCUGUUCUACAGUAAGAUAUCUCGGUACUUUUUAGUAAAUAUUAUUAUUAUCUCCAUUAUCGAAGUUGCGAGAAAGCGCUUUGUAGUGUUAGUGAUGAAUGUCUCAGACCCUGAAAGUAAUGCGUGUAGAAUGUUGAUUGAUGAGAAUGGCGUUCUUUAUAUUGAAAUGAACACUGCUUUUUCUGAGGAGAAAAAUCCAAAACAGGUCUCCUUCAAGGAAAACUCAAGUGGUGGUGGCUAUGUGAAUCUGAGUCCUUCAAAGAGUGAAAAGGGAGUGGCAUCUACUGUGAUCUCUGGUGUUGCUUCUUUGACAAUGAAAAAAGAUAAGAAAGGGGUCAAACGUAAACGUAAAGAAGGUGAGGAUGGAGAGUCAGAUAAGGCCAGGAAGAGGAAAGUGCUUAAGGAGAUUGUUAAAAGUGAUGGCUUGAUAAAAAGCUCUGAAAUUGAUUCGAGCUUGCAUGAGACAUCAGACUUGAAAUUUUUGAUAUACCCUGAUCCAGAUUUCAACAACUUUGACAAGGACAGGAAAGCUGAGCUUUUUGCAGCAGGGCAGGUAUGGGCUGCUUAUGAUUUUUAUAAUGUCAUGCCUAGAUUCUAUGCUCAUAUAAAAAGUGUUUCUUCUCCCGGGUUCAAUGUGCACAUAACUUGGUUAGAGCCGGUGCCAACUGAUGAGAAUGAAUUAAAAUGGCAUGUGGCGGACUUGCCAUUUUCUUGUGGUGAGUUCAGUUAUGGGGAUUCUGAGAAAACAACAAAUCGUUUUAUGUUCUCUCACCAAGUUUCUUGGGAGAAAGGUAGUAGUAGAGGUACCUUCUUGAUACAUCCAAGAAAGGGGGAGAUCUGGGCUCUCUUUAAAAACUGGGAUAUUAAAUGGAGUGGUGAUCCAGCUGCUCAUAGUAAGAGUGAAUAUGAAUAUGUUGAAAUUUUGUCUGAUUAUGCUGAAGGUGUUGGAAUAAAUGUUGCUUUAUUGAACAAAGUUAAUAAAUUUGUGAGUGUUUUCUGUCGGGUUAAGAAGAAAACAUUUCGUGUUCCACCAGGUGAGUUAUUGAGGUUUUCCCAUAUGAUUCCAUCCUAUAAAAUGGAAAGUAAUGAAAGAGGGGUACCAGAUGGAUCUUUCGAACUUGAUCCGGCUGCUUUGCCUGUAAUUAAAACCACGGCAAGGGGUGUCAAUGACAUGCAAAGGAGUCGUCCUUCAGAGACUCAGCAGGACAGUUCUGCCAUUCCUUUAGCUCCAAGGCCAGAAAACUUGCAACUUCCAGAUUCUGAGUUCUACAACUUUGAUGCUGAUAAAUCCAAAAAUAAGUUUCGGCCUGGUCAGAUAUGGGCAUUGUAUAGUGAUGAGGAUAGCAUGCCAAAAUACUAUGCUAAGAUCAGGAAAAUUGAUCUUUUCCCAUCUUUCAAACUGCAUAUUUCAUGGCUUGUUUCUGAUGAGUACGUGCCUCUUUCUUGCGGUAGAUUUACAAUUAGAAAGGGUGAGGGUCCGGCCUAUGAUUGUUUAAACUAUUUUUCUCAUCAAGUAAACGCAGAGCUUACUGGUAGAAGAAAUGAAUAUGGAAUUUUUCCUAGGAAAGGUGAAAUUUGGGCAUUGUACAGGAACUGGAAGCCCAACAGAAACAGUAGUGACUUGGAAAACUGUGAAUAUGACAUAGUGGAAGUUCUUUCAGCUACUGUUUUACUAAUAAAGGUUUCAGUUUUGGAACGCGUCAAUGGUUUUAUCUCAGUAUAUAAGGCUCGACUGCAGGGUGGAUCAACCUUAAUAUGGAGAAUUCCCCAAGUUGAUUUUUUUAAGUUUUCUCACCAGAUUCCUGCAUUCCGUCUUACCGAAGAGAGAGGAGGCAAGCUUAGAGGCUUCUUUGAACUUGAUUCUGGUGCCUUACCAGCUGGUUAUUUUGGUUGAACCUAGUUUCAUACCCUGCCUAUAAAAUUUAUAAAGAAAUCUUUGCAGUAUGCAACUUCUCAUUUUGAUCCAUGGUUUAGCUGUGUUACAGAAUCAGGUGAGGCUGGAUCUUUGCCCUGCUUUUGUUACAGUGAAAGGUUCAUGUACUGAUCCUUGAUAUUUUGUACUUUAUUGUUUGUCAGCAUGGAAAUGUAUGAAGUGUAUUAUUAACAUACCCUUUUGUGAAUGCUCUCGUUCCUUUUGAUUUCGCCUCCAACAGUUCUUAGUGGAUUAGGAAAUGUUUUAAAUCUCUUGGAUCCCUUUUGCUGGUUUCAUGAGUUCUUAGGCCUUCUGAAUGGUCUUGUGAUCCAAAAGACAUUCUCCCAACAAUUUCUGAUUGUGGCCUAUUGAGAAUUAUGAAAGUUUAUUUUAACACUGACUCAUUCAUUUGAGUGUGGCUGGGGUUUAUGCUACACCUCAAUGAUAGAAUAAAUAGAGGGGAGAGAGUUCAUUUGUGGGUGUGGAGAAUUAUUUUGUAUUGAGCAGUAGCUCUUGGGAGAGUACUGGUCUCUUCAAUACCCCAGCAGUUGUUCUAUUGUUCACUUCUUUUAUCAUCUAAAUGAGGAAAUUCUUAUCAAUUGAAUUGACUGACCA